AACACUGCUCAUUGACUUUGACGGUAAGAGUUGUUGACUUUUUAUUUUUCUAUGGUUGUUGAUGUUUAUACACUUGCUUUUGUCAGUUCAAAAUUUUCAAUAUAAUUUUUAUGUGAAAAUGGAAAGUUCUGUUGUUCUACAAGAUAUUAAGAAUUGUAUUCUUCAAUAUCAGUACCCCUUAGCAAAUAGCAUGAGUGAUGAGGAUUUAGGAGAUAUUUUCAAGCCUUCAAAUCGAUGUUUUUUAAUAAGCUGGAUGCUUAAAUUGGUCGGUUAUUACGAUGUAGGACAAAAUGAAAAGAAUGUUUACAUACUAGGACAACGUCUAUAUGAAAAUGGAUUUUGCACGAAGAAAGAAAGGUUGCCGUUUAUGAAUGGAACCUUAAAUACUUCAGAACAGUUUAAGAUUUUACAAAGAAUAUUUGCAUUCAUAAAAAAUAUAAAAGAUCCGGUUAAUAAUACUCAUACAGAGCCUGUUUCAUUUAAUGAAUUAGAAAAUCUUUUCCAAAAUAAUACAAAUUUAUUUCCAAUGUUUGGAGAAAUUAAAAUAUUGGAUGAACAUAAAACAAAUAAACUAGAAACUGAAAACCAAAAUGGAAUCUAUAAAGAAAAUAUUAUGAGGUCUAAUAAUUACAAUGUUCCUGAAAUGGCUGAAGAUAUUCAACUAGAUUUGUCUAACAUGAAAAAUUUGGCUGAAAGUUAUGAAAGGCCCAAAAAUAUUAGUGACAGUAGUAUUAUAUUCGAUCAAGAGACUUUAGAUGAAUUUAAGAAAUGCUAUGGAAAUAUUAAAUUAAUUGCCCAAUUUAUGAAAGAUAUACAUACAAUAGAAGAAUUCACUAACAACACAGAAGAUAUAUUAGGAAUUGGUCAUAAAACAAAUGAUGGGUUAUUAAAAGAUAUCUGUGAAGAAAUUUGUAUUAUAAUACGGCAUCAAAAAUUGUAAUACUAGAUCUUCAUAAAACGUAUGGUUUUAAAUUUUUUUAUUCUGUCAUAUUUUUGCAGAAAUUUAAUUGUUAAAUAUAGAGUUAAGA